CGUCGCGGCCUGAUGACGUCACGUCAGGGUUUGUUUACUGCUACGUGUUCGGGAAGUGGCUGAGGAUCCGCUGCGGCAGCGGUGUAACGGGUCCCCGGGCACGGAGGUGGCGGAGGCCGCGGUGGUUCGGGUUCCCGGCCAGGGUAGCGGCGGAGGCCCCGGCACUAUGAGCUGGUUCAACGCCUCACACCUCUCCAGCUUCGCCAAGCAGGCGCUGUCCCAGGCCCAGAAAUCCAUAGACCGGGUGCUGGACAUCAAGGAGGACGAGACGGCCUGGGCAGACUCUAUCAUCACCAAUUAUGAGGAUGGCAGUGGUUCGUCAAUUAAAGGAAGCUGGGAAAACUCAAACUGGGGAGGAAAUUCAGAAGAGAAUCAGGACAAUGUGGCAUUAACUCCAACGGCCAUCACCAAACCUGUUAGACGAACCGUGGUGGAUGAAUCAGAAAAUUUCUUCAGUGUCUUCCUCUCUCCUUCUGAGGUUAAACCUGUAAUAGUUAGUUCUGUGGUGUCCAAGCCCCCUGCCAAAUCUCAAAGACCCAAAGAAGAAGUAAAGCAAACAGCACCCAAGCCUGUACUGGAAGUUAAGCAUGAAGAUGGCUCUGGAAAUAACUUGGGGGAAAGUGAGGCACAAGCCAGUCCAACCCAGGGUUUGGGACAAACAGAUUUCUGUAGUGAGAACUUUCUCUUGGACAAGCCAGAGGUUUCUACAGAGCAUAAAGGUGAUGAGAGGAGCAAUCGGAACCCUGGUUAUUGUUCUCAGGAUCUAAAAGUUGAUUUAGAACCAAAGCCGGAAGAGGAACCCACCACCGAUUCUUCUCCAUCAGUUCCAGCUGACGGUAAGGACAGUGUACUAGACCUCAAAGACCAAAAACUUGAGGAUCGGCAGAGUAAUACACCAUCACCUCCAAUCAGCACUUUCUCCUCUGGCACGUCUACAACUAGUGACAUUGAAGUACUUGACCAUGAGAGCGUAAUAAGUGAGAGCUCGGUCAGCUCCAGACAAGAGGCGACCGAUUCCAAGGGAAACCUCAAUUUAAUGCAAAACUCCUUUCAACUAUUAUCCCCCUCCGUAGAAUAUGGCCGAUUGGAUGAAUUUCCUAAGCUCACAGAGAGCUGCUCUUCCUCCGAUGCCUUUGAAAGGAUAGACUCUUUCAGCGUACAAUCUCUGGACAGCCGCAGCGUGAGCGAAAUAAAUUCAGAUGACGAGCUGCCGGGGAGGGGGUGCACGCUGGUUGAUAUCGCGGUCAGCACUUCCAGCCCAAGCCUCGAUGUUACUGACUCCACAGAGAGCAAGACAGAUGAUGAAGUAAAUGAAACGCUGCUUGCACGCUCCUGCGAUGAUAUAGAGAUGGAGGAGAGUGCUAGGAGCGCCACACCUGUGAAUUCAGAGCAGCCGGAUCUCCUGGUCGCUGCACAUCAGACGCAGGAGCCGGUGGCAGCCAGCCAGGAAGUGCCGGCGGAGCAGCAGGAAACGGACUCUGAGCCAAAGGUUAUCUUCACAGCGGAGGAUAUGCAAAAGACAAUUAAUGAACUUGCUACCAGACUGGAGAAGAGGGAAUCACAGCUGUUAUCAGUCAGCAAGGAAAAGGCUCUUCUAGAGGAGACCCUGGACAACCUGAGAGAUGAAAUGAUUAAGGUGAAAGAGGAAUGUAACAGCGUGUCAUUGCUGAAAGACGAGUUCACACAUCGGAUAGCAGAAGCUGAGAGGAGAGCACAGAUUGCGUGUAAAGAGAGAGACAUGGCAAAAAAGGAUGUCAAAUACAUGAAGGAGGACCUUGCCACAAGACUUAAGUCUAGUGAGACGGCUGAGAUCUUGAGAGAGAAGGACGAGCAAAUUAAAGGGCUUAUGGAGGAAGGUGAGAAACUCUCUAAGCAGCAGCUGCACAAUUCCAACAUCAUCAAGAAGCUGCGAUCGAAGGAGAAAGAGCAUGAGCAAACACUCACUAAACAGGCAAAGAAGAUCCGGGAGCUGGAGGAAGAAUUGCAGCUGCUGAAACAGACAUUAGAUGGUAAGGAGGAGCUAGAGAAGCAGCAUCGGGAGAACAUCCGGAAGCUGAACAGUGUGGUGGAAAGACAGGAGAAGGAUGUGGGGCGACUGCAGACAGAACUUGAAGAAAGUCUAGAGAAGAACCGCAGUCUCCAGGCUGCCCUGGACAGCGCCUACAGAGAACUUGCAGAAUUGCACAAAGCGAACGCCACAAAGGCCAGCCAGGCUCAGGAAGUGGCGCUGAGCUGUGAGAUGAAGGCUAAAGAAGAGAUGUGUUUCGCGCUGGAGAAAGCCAAGGAGGAGUCUCAGAAACAGCAGGAGAUCCUGGUGAUACAGGUGGCUGAUUUGCGGCUUGCCCUGCAGAGAGCGGAGCAGCAAGCUGCAAGGAAGGAAGAUUAUUUGCGGCAAGAAAUUGCAGAAUUUCAACAGAGACUCCAGGAAGAUGAGUCUCGGAACCAGGAGCUGAGCCAGAGUGUCACCUCCACCACCAGACCCUUGCUGCGACAGAUUGAGAACCUGCAAGCCACCUUAGCAGCCCAGACCUCAUCCUGGGAAAAACUGGAGAAGAAUCUCUCUGACCGUCUCGCUGAAUCCCAGACUUUGUUGGCGUCGGCAGUAGAGAAAGAGAGGGCUUCGACGGAGGAACUCCUAUCUAUGAAGACCCACGUUUCUGCCAUCGAGUCUCAGAACAGCCUCCUCCGGCAGGAGAAGAGCCGCUUCCAGGCUCAGCUAGAGGUGGAGAGGUCCAGGCUGUUGAAGAUGGAGGAAGAGCACAGCAGGAACGAGGUGGAGCUAGAAAAUCUAAGGGUGGAGUACCAGAAACUGGUUGACGAAACCAGAAAAGAAAAGGCUCUGCUCAACAGUCAGCUGGAGAUGGAGAAGAUGAGGGUGGAACAGGAGAGGAAGAAACUCCUACUGGCCCAAGAAGCAGCCAAAGAGAAGGAACGGAAAUCUUACGUAUUUCCCUGUCCGGAGACUGGAGCCACCACCCCGACACUGUCACGAUCCAGUUCGAUUAGCGGGGCAGAUUUGACUGGUCUCCAGACGUCUCUCCUCUCGCAGGAUGAGUCUCAUGAUCACCUUUAUGGAUCAAUGACCAUGUCAAUCAGUGGGAGCAACCUCUACGAUGCGGUGAGGAUGGGAGCCGGCUCCAGUGUCCUGGAAAACCUACAAUCGCAGCUAAAAUUACGAGAAGGGGAGAUCGCUCAGCUACAGCUGGAAAUUGGGAACUUGGAGAAAACUCGCUCCAUACUUGCUGAAGAAGUCAUUAAAUUAAAUAAUCUCAAUGAUGAACUGGAGGAGAAGGUGAAGGAGAUUCCUAAACUGCAGGCUCAGAUGAAGGACCUGGACCAGAGAUAUAACACCAUCCUGCAGAUGUAUGGGGAGAAGGCGGAGGAGGCUGAGGAACUGCGUCUAGACCUUGAGGAUGUGAAGAACAUGUACAAGACUCAGAUAGAUGAACUCCUGAAACAGAGACUGAAAUAGUUUCUCUCGCAGCUUAAACAUAAAACAAAGACUCCAGAUGAUUAAGCAGAUAACGAUUCUCUUGUUUCAUAUGUAAAUGUAGAAUUCCCAGCUCCGUUGUAUAAAUAUCUAGUGUACAAUAGGAAAUGACUUUUAUUUACUUGUCUGCAUGUCGGUAUGCCCUUCUGUUUCCCCUUGCAGCCUUUCCAGUCUAUUAAAUUAUUUGUGUAAUAUUUAAAUUUACUUGUAAAUCUGAACAUUUUCUUAAAGAUUGUUAGAAUACUGUAUUUUAUGGACCAUAUACACAUUAGUUUUCCUUCAAACGAACUGAUGGUCCAGACCUAUAUAUAAUAUAGUAGUUUUUUUUAAAUGCAUAUUUUCUCUUUAUAUUCAGGAUACAUAGUAAAUUUUAAUGUUGAUUUGCUAAUUUAUUGAUGAAAAGAAGUUUAAGUAUUUGGUUAAAUUCCUGAAUCGGUGGAAAAUUGACGCACCAAACACUGUAACAGAUCAUGAAGAAAUAAGAUAAAAUACGGUAACUGGCUUAUUUUUAGCUGCUUACAGUUUCCUCCCGGUUUUCUCCUA